AUGGACAGAUUCGCCGUGUACAACAUCGCCGCGGCGGCGCUGCUGAUCCUCACCGCCGUCCCCUCUGUCAUCAUAUUCUUGUGCUCCUUGUGUCUUGCGCGCCGACGCAACGAUCCGGCGCGGACCUGGCUCAACUUUUUCAAAGCCGCCUUUGCCUUUUUCUGCCUCGGGAUCGUCCUCAUUUUCUUCAACUACCUCCUUGACGUCCUCUACAGAUUGCUUUACGACUCCGUAUCUUCCUCCAACAUUGACGUUUUCGUCCGCAAUAUCCAGAGGGCUCAGACGCAGACCGGCGUUCUCGGGUCCUUGUUCGACGAGCUCAGCGUGAUCUGCAUCCUGCUCGCGCUGCUCAGCCUCGGCAAGGCUGCCAGAUUCAUCCACGCCGGCAAGCUGACAUCGGCCGAUCGAUUCGUCCAAUGGGGCGGAUACGGCGUCGCCGGCCUGCUCGCCAUCCUGGAACUUGUAUCCUUUGCGCUUAGCGAGAAGCUGUACACGACCCAGUACCAAGGUGCAGUCGUAACAACGUUGCGCGACAACUACAAACUCGUACGAGACUUUCGACGAGUCACGUUUGCGCUGCUCGUUAUCCAAAUGAUCUUCAAUGUUUUCGUUCUGGUCAGAUCCAUCGUGGUCGCUGUCAAGACACGCGCUGAACCGCGCGUCACAACUGCGACUCGGUACCUAAUAGUCUGCUGCGUCCUCUUGCUCCUCAAGACUUGCUACAACGUGGGCUACUACGCCGACUACGUGCCCCUCGGGGAUACGGUGUUCCCGGACAUCGUCAAGACUCCAGGGCCCUAUUUUGCCAUACUUGACGUCAUCUUCAACUUCUGGCCCUCUUUCAUCAUCCUCAUGAUACUGUUCGCCCUGGGCACCAAGAAACAACAUGGCGUCUGGGCCACAGAGCAACCCUUCAUGAUGGUCCGCCCCAUGGCCCAUGCAACGGGCUCGCAGCCAUUGCCAUGGGGGUACGAGUACAGCCCCACGCCGCUUCAGCCCGCGCCGCAAACCUGGCAACAGCCGACGGCGACGGCCACCAUGCCCCCCGUGUACGGCAACCCUCAAGAGCUGCCGCCCCAACACGCGGCGGGACUACACGCCCCACAGUUUCGGCAUGAGCUCUCCCCCCAGCAGCACUGGUCGGAGCCAGUAUCACCACACAUUCAGCGCUCGUACGAAAGCAGCGUGCAGACUGGCGCCGUAUCGCCUCCGCCGCCGUCUCACUACGAGGCGAUGGGCCUGAACCACCAGGCUGAUGGCACGCCGCCUCAGGUCGUCCCCAUACCAUACAACGAGAAGAGGUGA